CUUCCCAAAGCCAGCCGCGCCAUCCUCCCGGAGUAUUUUCGCUAGCUUGCCUGAUAACAGACUGGUGGUAGCAAAUAGCUGUCUAUUGUUUGACUCCGAAGUGAGAGGAUGUUAUGUAGCUAGUUAGCUGGGAUUGCUGUAAAGCGGUAAUAAAUUAUUUCUGAAAGGACGGUGUGUAUCCGUUGAGCUCCUCCUCCUGGCCCCAACCCCUUCCUGUGGUGUGAGAAUGGGGAGCACCCCGCUCCAUGUGCUGCCUGCGGAGAGUCUGAAAUAAAACCCAUGAGCGUGGAGAAGAGCGCCUCCAGCUGUGGCCCUGAUGAUGGCAGUAAGGAGAGUGUGUCAGGGCCGGGGUCAGGGGGUGGCGCUGGAGCCCUGCCCCUGUGCGAUGGGCAGGACUGGGCGGAGUCCCCCAGGGGCUCACCUGAGGAGGCCAGCACCAUCUCACCCAUUCUGGCUGAGGAGACCUUCCGCUACAUGACCUUCUUCAAGCUGGACCCCUCCCCCUCUUGCUCUUCUUCCUCUUCCCACCCUAACUCGCACACGCGCUCUCGAGUCCUCAGUGCUGACCGGGUGGAGCAGAUGACAAAGACCUACAGUGACUUAGACGUGGUGACUCACCUGUUGACAGAGAGGGACCGGGACUUGGAGCUGGCUGCUCGGAUUGGUCAGUCGCUGCUGCAGAGAAAUCAACUGCUGCAGGAGCGCAACCAAGCCGUGGAAGAGCAGCUUACACAGGCACUGGACCAGGUGCAGCAGCUGCAGCAUGUGCUGUGUAAGAAAGAUGAGCUGUUGCGCAUGGUGGCCAGCAUUUCGGAGGAGAGCGAGACAGACUCCAGCUGCUCCACACCGCUACAGAACAGCAGGCCGCUGCCCGCCACGCUCACGCUCAGCCAGCUGGAGGCGCUGCAGAGCAAACUGCAGCAGCUGGAGGAGGACAACCUGGCCCUGCGCUCUGAGGCUUGUCACCUGGAGACGGAGACCAUGUCCUAUGAGGAAAAGGAGCACCAGCUGGUGAACGACUGCGUUAGAGAGCUGCGCGAAUCUAACAGCCAGAUCAUGGCACUGACGGACGAGCUGUCGAGGAAGAACGAUGACUUGCUGCGUCACCAGGAGGACACGACACAACUGCUGAGCCAGAUGGUGGAUCUACAGCACCGAGUGAAGGAGCUCUCUCUGGAGAAGGAGGAGUUGAGGAUUCACUUGCAGCAUUCCAAAGAUGCUCAGCGCCAGCUCACUACAGAGCUGAGCGAGCUCCACAGCAGGAACGCGGAGUGCGUGGGCAUGCUGCAGGAGUCGCAGGAGGAAGCCAAGCAGCUGCGCAGCCGCAGCACGUCCUCCGCAGGUCUGCGCAGACACCAGUCCUACGGCCUGAUCCCGAUGGACUGUCUGGCAUCUGAGAUAGAGGUAUCUAUGCGGAGGCAACUGAGCAUGGAGUGGGAGUUCAGCUUCCAGGACCAAAAGGAUUCGCAGAAACGCGUGUUCCAGACCGUACGCGCCGUCAACGAGUCGUCGGCUCGGCACCCCGCCCCCCGGCCCAUCCCGGGCUCCGCCCACAACAGCGUGGUGAUGACCGCGCAGCCCUUCCAGUCCUGCGCGCCGGCUGCGCAGCUGCGCAGACGGGAGGAAGCCACUCCCAGGACCAGCGAUUGUGGAACACCCCUAGGACAGCCUGGCACUCCGGGAGGAAGUGACCUCACCUCUGCGUUGCAACGCCUCUCCCUGAGGCGGCAGAACUUCCUGUGCGAGCGGCAGUUCUUCCGGGAGGAGCGGGACAGGAAGCUGCAGGCACUGGCGCGAGCGGGACAGGAAGGGACAGAGGCGGACUGGGAGGGGAGCGGCUGCAGCUCCCCUAGUGGCAGCGCGAUCUCAUGCAUCACAAACCUGACGGACCUCUCCUCGACCUCCACCACCUUCAAGAGCUUCCUGCCGGAGAAACUGCAGAUCGUCAAGCCCAUGGAAGGGUCCUUCACGCUGCACCACUGGCAGCAGCUCGCCCAGCCCCACCUGGCAGCCAUUCUGGACCCUCACCCGGGCGUGCUCACCAAAGGGUUCCGCCCCCUCUCUCAGGACGCCGUGCAUUACCUCACUGACCCGGAGGAGGACGAGGAGCUGGCGGAGAACGGGAAGAGUGGCCGGGAGAAACAGGAGGAAGAGGAAGAGGAGGAGGAGGAGGAAGAGGAGAUGGGGAUUACCUUCCGGGUGAAGUGCACCUCCACCCCGGAGGAGAAGAGGGAGAGGAAGAGUGAGAGAACACCCGUCUGCUCGUCUGUGACUGCACUGCCUCUGUCCCAUCCCUCUCAGGCCCCUCCCACCUCCCCUACCCCACCCCCUGGCCCCCUAGCCCCACCGCCUCCACCCCAGCAUGCCAACAGUCACAUCCUCAGCACACCAGCGCCCUCUCCUGCUCACAAUCCAGGGAAAUGUCUGAGCUCCACCUUCUCUACCUUCACCUUCACCACCUGCCGAAUCCUCCACCCAUCUGACAUCACCCAGGUCACGCCCAGUUCUGGGUGUGUCUCCACAGUCUCAGUUAACACGCCCAGUUCUCUGCGCUCGGUGCCCAGUACCCCGGUCACGCCCUAUCGGCUCAGCCUGGGAAUCUCCUCCCCCCCGCUCUGCCCCGCCCCCCCACAGGGCCUUGCUCAGCUGCUGCUGGAGAGGGGCAUCUCAGCCCAGGGGGUCUCCGCUGAGAGGGCCUCCCGAAAGCCUGCGCCUCACUCGCUCCCCAGGACCCCGCCCAACUCCCCGUCCCACUCCCCUCCGCCCUCGCCCGUACCCUGGGAGACACGCCCGGCGCCUCCCCCACCCACGGACAACUUCCUGGCCUCCCGCCCCGCCGAGGUCUUCCUUCAGGAGGUCUACGGCCUCAACCUGGGCCGCCUACGCCCGGACCCGCCCGGCCCUGCCACGCCCCUCUCACGGGACCCGCCGUCCGUCGGCCUGGUGGAGCGCCUGCGCCGGCUGGGAUUGGCCGGGGCGCUGCAGGGGGCGGAGUCGGAAAGGCAGCGGCCGCAGGACACGCCCACCUUCCUGGCGACGGGCAGCGGGAGCCUGCUGAACGGCCUGCGUAGGAACCACAGCCUGCCUUGCAUGGCUGGGGGGCGGAGCCAGUCCGCCUGCAGCGCUUCACACCCGGCCUCAGCCCCGCCCCCUCACUCCUCCCUUGCCCUUCCCAUAACCCCCUGGGGCAGCCUAAAGGAGCCAGCUGUUGCCCCCUCUUCCUCCUCGUCCUCUUCCACUGCGCAGGUCCCACCCUCUCCACACAAGGCCUGAGGGGUCAGGAUCCUGACUGGGGGGUGGGGCUUCGGGUUGACUGACGCAACACUGGCCCCCACCCCCCGGUCUCCAAAAAACUGAUUAAAGGAAAAAUAAAUCCCUCUUUUCUGUUUGUUUGUAAAGCACAAUGGGGUGACAUGGCUCAGGAGGUAAGAGCGAUUGUCUGGCAGUCGGAGGGUUGCCGGUUCAAACCCCGGCCUGGGCGUGUCGAAGUGUCCUUGAGCAAGACACCUAACCCCUAACUGCUCUGGCGAAUGAGAGGCAUCAAUUGUAAAGCGCUUUGGAUAAAAGCGCUAUAUAAAUGCAGUCCAUUUACCAUUGUCAAACUGACUAGGUUUUUUGUACAGUUUUUUGUAAUGUGUUGUUAAAGCUGUGGGUCGGAGUGGAGAUGUUUUUUGGAGAUGUAUGUUUUUACUGUUGGGGGUUUGGGGUAUGACGUCACCAGCAUUAGGGAAGGCAGUGCUGUGUUUAAACGUGAGAAAGCAGACGAAGGUGUGAGAUGGAUAGAGGGUUGAGAAUGAAUGGAGUGAAGAAGGGAGAGAGAAAUGUGUAAAGUAGAUGAGAGCUGAAGGUACCCUCAGGUUACUUUAAAGAGGAAUUAGAGAGGUGGACAUAACAUUAGGAUGUUUGAAGUAAGAGAGAUGGAAGUGUCAGCAGGAUCUUUUGGAGGGAGGGAGGUAAUGCUGUACUGGUUGCUGUGAUGAACUCAGAACACAGUGUGGUUUGAGUAGGAACUGGCCAGUUCUGCUCUUGCUGAUUGAGGCCACCAGGGGGCACUGCUAAACCCAGGGAAGACUUUUCUGAGUCAUUAGCAGGUUCUCCACUUGGCAAGAGUUCUGUGAGUAGAGCUGUGCUCCAGUUACCCCUUAGGUCCUCAAACCCAGGGGCUCUCCUUUUCUUCGUGUGCCAUGACAUCACCAAGCAAUCAUUCCAGAGCCUGAGGGAUUGAGCGCCUGAGGGGGGUGAAAAGCAGCUUUUUGAUACUUUUAAUUUGUUCGAUUUUUGGCCGUAGUAAUGGCUGAUGCUUGCCUGUGUGUGACCCUUGACCUUGGAAUGACACCUCCUCCCUCAUGUGAAUCUAUUUGUAUCUAGCCUCGUGAUCCAGAGGUAGGACAGCUCAUGUCCUUCUCUUUAAUUUGUGCAAUUAAUUUUUUAGGUGUCAUCAAGACCUAUUACUUCUGUCUACAACUACAACUGUGAACUUUUUUCUAUUAAUGGGGCUUGAAAUUUUGAUAUGUAUACACAUUUGUUUUCAACAGCAAAAAAAUUCUGGAUAAGGGAAUCCAAACUUGAGGUAAUUCUAAGCUAGAAUUUGAGCACAAACAAGAAAGGGCUGAUAAUUAAAGUGACCCUGGUUGGUUUGUAAUUCUGUGCAGUCAGGGUAGAAUAUGAGUCGGUGUUGCAGAAGUGAACCUCGAAGAAUACCCAGAAGGAGACUGCUGCAAGAAUGAUUCAGCCUCAUGUGACUACUGAUGAUGCUUAUCUCACAGGAAACCAGUGCUCUUUUUGCCAGCUACUUGGUGCCUAGACAAGGUCAGAAAAACCUGUUUAUUAUGAAGCCAGCACAAAGUACACCCGUUUGAUUUUUGUUUUUUACCUUGCAUUAAACAUGGAUGGAACAGUGCCAGCAUGUGACUAGUGUGGGUUAGGCCUGGUUCAUUCCAGAUAAGGUUUGCCUUUAUUAUCAAGGGUGGAAGAUAAGCAUAAGAGACGCUUUUAACUCUGUUAAAGCAUGGCUUUAUGUGUAUGAAUAUAAAUUGUGCAAUGUUUCUGUACUUGGUGCCUGUCCUCUCCUCGUCAGAAUACCAAUUAAUGUUUUUCAUUAAAACAUUUUUUUACUUUCACAA